AUGGACUCAGCAGAAAACGAUAUGUCCGAUACACUACAAGAAUUGCCCUUGGGUGUCUUGAGCCCGCAAGUGACACAGGGGUCCUUCCACGAGCCGAUUGCACGGGAAGAUACCCAGCAAUCGGAACAGCUCGACAAGAGUUCCUUGGGCCUGGAAAAUGUAGCAGCACAGAAACCCAGUUUUCAGCCGCGACAAACAUCUGGUAAAUACAACUUGAACGAUUUCCACAUUUUGCGUACGCUGGGCACCGGCUCGUUUGGCCGGGUACAUUUGGUGCGGUCCAACCAUAACGGCCGUUUCUACGCGAUGAAAGUGCUGAAAAAGAAAACGAUUGUCAAGUUGAAACAGGUGGAACACACCAACGACGAGCGGCGCAUGCUCUCGGUGGUGGCUCACCCUUUUAUCAUUCGCAUGUGGGGGACGUUCCAGGACCACCAACAGGUGUUUAUGAUCAUGGACUACAUCGAAGGUGGCGAGCUGUUUUCGCUAUUGCGCAAGUCGCAGCGGUUCCCGAACCCAGUGGCCAAAUUCUACGCUGCAGAGGUGUGUUUGGCUCUGGAAUACUUGCAUUCCCUGGACAUCAUAUACCGAGAUUUGAAACCCGAAAAUGUGCUGCUUGACAAGAACGGGCAUGUUAAAAUCACGGAUUUUGGGUUUGCCAAGUUUGUGCCAGACGUGACGUUCACGCUGUGCGGAACGCCAGAUUACAUCGCCCCUGAAGUGGUGAGUACAAAGCCUUACAAUAAAUCAGUUGAUUGGUGGAGUUUUGGCAUCUUAAUAUUCGAAAUGCUGGCUGGUUACACGCCUUUCUACGAUUCCAAUACCAUGAAAACCUAUGAAAACAUUCUGAAUGCGGAAUUGCAGUUCCCGCCUUUUUUUCAAGCCGAUGUGCAAGAUCUGUUGAGCAAACUGAUAACCCGCGAUUUAAGCAAACGAUUAGGUAACCUGCAGAAUGGCAGUGACGACGUUAAGAACCAUCCAUGGUUCAGUGAGGUGGUGUGGGAGAAACUGCUGUGCAGAAACAUCGAAACUCCCUAUGAGCCUCCUGUUCAGGCAGGGCAAGGUGACACGUCUCAGUAUGAUAGAUACCCAGAAGAGGAGAUAACCUACGGGCGCGAUGGUGAAGACACUCACAGAGAAUUGUUCUCGGAGUUUUGA